UACAAGUAAUUGAAGUAUUGUGAAUUCAGCUACUAUGGAUGCAAACCCAAUUACUAAUUCUGGUUCUACUAGUGCUAACCAUAAUACUAGAUCUACUCAUAAUAUGAAUCCCAAUAAUGAAAAGAUAAUGAAAAUGCUGAACAUUUUGAGAGAACUACAAGUUGAACAAGAACAAGAGAGCCAAGCUCAUUCUGCAGCAGCAACUAGAUCUACAACUGUUAUAAACAUUAUAGCAACCCUGUCAUCACUAGACAUUUUGAUAAAAAAUGAUAGAAAAAAACAUUUUAAAGACUCAGUCUUGAAGUGUAAUAAUGCUCAAUCUGUGCAGAUUUUAUUCAGUUUUCUAAAAGAAAUAAAGUGUCAACAGUCUCGACCAACAAAGGAUGAAGAACGUGAAGAAAAAAUGUUCUACUUGUGCUGCAGCUUGAUGAGCUUAUUAGUUUUAAAAUGUUUACUAUCUUUAUUUUCUUCUCAUGCAUUGGCAUCUGCAUGUUCCUUUGAGAAGAGCAGUCUAAAAGUACUUAUAAAGUUUCUUUUUAACGAAGAAAAUGACACAUGUAGAAGUAGGGCCGCUUCAACCAAUACAGAAGCUGUGGAAGUUGCCAUAGCAACACUAGCUAGCAUUAGCAGGUUUAAUCGAAAUGCUACAAUGCAGAUUUUAAAAUCUGACAUUUUAAAAGCAUUGCCACGUUAUUUGAGGCAUCCUGAAUGGGCCAUUGCCUCUCAGAGUGCAAAUCUUGGAGCUAGCUUAUUGUACCGCUAUACACACUCUUUACAAGAGACUUUAGCUUGGAAUGAAGACUGGGAGCUCAUUAUUAAGACAUCCCUGGAUGUACUUUGUAAGUGCAAUCAUUUGUCAACUAACAGAAUGCUGCAAACUGAUAAUGCUGCUGAGCAAGAUUCUGUUAGCCCUAUAGGGACUAAAAUUGGACUGAGAAGAUGGAGCAAUGCAUUGUUGAUGCUACUGAUGAACAGAAUUUAUGACUGCCCAGAAGCUAACAAGUGCUUCUUUAAUUUAAAAGGGCUCAAGAUUGUGUUUCGAACUUAUCAGCUGCACCAUGGGCAUUUUCAAACUGCGAAAAGUGCUGUCCAACUAUUCAGAAAUUUCAUUGAGAUUUCUUGUGUCAGUAAAAGGCUAAGAGAUGAGCUUCCUAUGCUAGUGCCAGAUGACCUAUAUCAGGAUGGUGUAUUUGGUAUUGGGCUUGAGGAGGAUGACCAAUCAUUGCCAUGCAAAGAGGACUCUUCUACAGAGCAGGCUUACACAUUAGGUGAGAUUUUGCCAGCCAGAGAUGAUUAUGAGUUUUUCACUGGCAUACUAAGACCUGAAUCUCUGGCUCGUAUUGUCUGUGGCAUGUUAAACACUGGCAAAGGAGGAGAGAUAUUCCUUGGUGUCAGUGCAGAUGGAUGUGUGAAAGGAGAGACAAUGAGCAGAAACACCAAGGAUGAAAUAAGGUUAGGAGUGGACCAAAUAUGUGAUAAAAUCACCCCUUGUGUCUUGGAGUGUGAUGUUAACUUCAUGCCAGUCAGGGACGAGUCAGGGCUUAUUGAUGGAGUGUUUGUAGCAAGAAUUCAGGUGGCCUCAUGCCCAAUGAAAAAAAUUAUAUUUGAAUGUAACAGUGCAUUCAAACGGGAAGCCUCUCACCAGGGGGAAUGCUUUUAUCGCCUAGGAGGGAAAAAUGUGCCUAUCAAUGAGCAGCAUGUUUGGACUUUAAAGAUCAAAGAAAUUGAACAAGAAUUUAAAAGAGAAGCCCAAGGUCUUAUUGAAAAGCUUCAAAGUUUAUUGUAAAAGGUACUUAGUAGCAGUAACAAGAGCAUUUGUUGUAAGUAACUUAAAAUAAUGUACUAUUGAAAACACUCCAGUUUUUAUCCAAUAACCCUAGAUAUGAUAUCUUUGUUUUAUCUACAUAAUUAUUCCAUGGCCUAAGAUAGUUUAUAUGCUGAUUUAUCAUUUUAAGUAUUUUGUGCUAUGUAACAUUUUAAAUAUCUUGUAACCAAUAAUGAUAUUGCCUUAAUAUUAUACUUUGGCAUUUUUACAAAUACCAUAACCAAAUAAUCUUCUUGUCAUAAUCUUAUCAAAGUUUAUUGAAUGUUUGUGUCGUAUCAUUUUAGAAUAGCUUUUGGAUUUGAAAACCUUCAUAUUUUUUAAAUCCUUCUCUUAUUGUUCUUUCUUGUUUUUUUUUUAUUUAUUUUUUUAUGGUUAAGAUAUAUUUUGUGACAGCAUUUUUGUUAUAUUACAGACAGUAUUAGAAUUUAUUAAACUU